AUGGCUAUCACCGAGGAAAACCUCUAUGUGCUUUGUAUUAUACUCGGCUCCUUCUCCUUUAUUCUUCAGCGCCAUUCGUGCAAUGCGCACUCACUUGCAUCGUGCCAUUUUGAUUCAAUAUAUCAAUUUGGGGAUUCAUUUUCCGACACAGGAAACUUGGCUAUCUUGGCUCCAAAAGUACCCUGCAAUCGACCUCCCUAUGGGAUUAGUUUGCCCAAUAAAGCACCCGGGCGAUGCUCUGAUGGGUUGUUGAUAAUAGACUACAUAGCACAAGCAGCGGGUCUUUCUUUUAUAGAACCAUUUCAGAACAAUAAUGCUACUCACAGUAGUGGAGUAAAUUUUGCAGUAGCCGGUGCUCCUGCUUCUUCAUUGUAUGAAGUUCAAGAUCAAAGCAUGCAUGUACCGGCUCUCAGUGACCAACUGGAUCUCUUCGCACGAUAUUACAAUGCAACAUCUUGUAGUCAAGAUCGUUAUCGACUUAAAAUGUCUCUCUUCAUUGUGGGACAAAUUGGACUAAAUGAUUAUAACAAUGCCAUAAUACAUGGAAAUAAAACUUUUGAGGAGGUAAAGAAUAUGGUUGUCAAUGUAGUCCAAGCCAUAAAGGACGCUAUUGAAAGGGUGAUUGGUUAUGGUGCUGUAAAGAUCCUUGUACCAGGACAAUGGCCAAUUGGUUGUUUGCCGGUGUACCUCAUACGCUUCUCCUCUAAUGACACUGCUGCUUAUGAUCAAUUUUACUGCCUAACGGAGUGGAAUAGUAUUUCAGAAUCUCACAAUUACCAUCUUAUAAACGCCAUUGAAGAACUGAAGAAAGAGCACCCUAAUGUUACUAUAGUAUAUGCUGAUUACUAUGGCACUUUCGAAUGGUUACUCACACAGCGACAAGAGUUGGGGUUUGAUGUGGUAGACAAGUUAUGUUGUGGUGUUAAAGGUGAAGCGGAUACUGAUGAAGCGAAAGCGUGCGGCAUUUCUCCUGAUGUGCAUCUGUGUGCUAAUCCGGAGAAACUAAUUAGUUGGGAUGGCGUUCAUAUGACACAACAAGUCCACAAGUAUAUAGCACAGCAACUCAUCCGAGACAUCUUACCUAAUCUUGAUUGUGGCAAAAGUUGCAAAUAG